AUGUAUCUCAUGUAUUCGUUGGAUGACCAAGGUAACCGUGUUUACACGCUAAAAAAAAUUACUGAUGAUGGCAAAGUCACUAAAAGUGCUCAUCCUGCUCGCUUUUCCCCCGAUGACAAGUUUGCAAGACAUCGAGUGACGUUAAAGAAGCGGUUUGGCAUUCUGCCUACGCAACUUCCCGCGAAACCUCUAUGA